AUGACCAUUAUAGAUAGUAAACUCACAAAACAUUAUGCUAGGGUGUGGGACUAUUGUCAUGAGUUACUAAGGUCAAAUCCUGGUAGCACUGUCCAAGUGGGUAUCACUGUAAAUCCAGAUCAAACAACAUACUUUCACAGGAUGUAUUUGUGUUUUAAAACAAUCAGGGAAGGUUGGAAAAUAGGGUGUCGUAAGUUUUUAGAACUGCUCAUAGAGGAUCUUAAUCUGCUAGAUGGAGGAGGGUUUAUUGUAAUUUCUGAUCAACAUAAGGGAUUGCAUGAAGCAAUCACGGAAGUACUAUCAAAUGUGGAGCAUAGACAGUGUGCAAGACACAUAUAUGCUAACUUUAAGAAGACCUAUUCUGGAGUGGAGUUCAAGAAUAUGUUCUGGGCAGCUUCCUUUUCAACUGUAGAGAGAAUUUCUGAGGAAAUUGGAUGGACUGAUGUAGCAUGUGAGACAGUUGAAAAUGGCAUUGCAGAGUGCUUCAACGCCAUCAUAUUGGAUGCUAGAAAGAAACCCCUUCUAGCAAUGCUUGAAGAAAUUAGGUUGCACAUGAUGGAUAGGUUCUACCAUAUGUUACAAAAGGCAGAAAAGUGGGAAUUAGUGGUUUGUCCAACUGCCAUCAAGAAAAUGAACAAGUUUGGAGAGGAUUUGAGGAAUUGGAAUGUGAAUCUAAGUGGACCAUCUAUUGUUGAAGCCAGGAAUGGAUUAGAAGGAGGUAGUAGAGGUGGUGCAAGGGGUAGUAGAGGUGGUACAUGGAGUAAGAGAGGUGGUGCACUGGGUAACACAGGUGGUAAAGGUAGUAAAAGAGGUGGUAGGGUCAGUAAGACAUCUGUUGGAAUUGAAGGUGGUGGAGUUGCUGAAGUUGAAGGUGGUGGAGUUGAAAAUGAGGAUGACAAUAUUCUUGAAAAAUAUUUAGUCCAUUUAUGGAAGGCAAUGCAAGAUUUGAAAUUAUCAGGGUAUUCAAUUGAAGAAAUUAAAAAUACACUUAGUCUGACAUAUUCACAUAUGAAACAUCUAAAUGAUUACAAUGACACUAUUGAACAAGUUCUUCCUAUGUCUAUGGAAGAGGAGUAUCCACCUCAAACUGAGACACAAGAUGGGGCUGAAGAAAUUAUCCCUGAGACACAACUAGAAAGUAAAUAAGAAGAAGAAGAAGGCAUUAAUGACACCCAUGAAUUACUAGUACACCUUAGGAUUGUGAAAAGAAAAAAGGUCCUCUGAGAGGAUUGUUAAAACUAAACCGAAGAAUAUGGGAUGUGUUGCGACUUUUGCAAAUUCAGCAUUAGAGUUGGAUUAGGUUGUUAGGGUGUUAAGGGUAGUAAGGGUAUUUUGGUACAUCUUUUUUGAAUGCUACUUUUGUGCAUCUUUUGUGAAUGCUACUUUUGUACAUCUUUUGUGAAUCCCUUUAAAUUACUGAUAACCAUAUUUUGUACAUCUUUUGUAAACACAUUGAAACAUUGUGAAUGCCCUUAACAUGGUUGGUAAUGACAUAUUGGAG